AGUGGGUGGCUGUCCUCUGAGGAUGAUCCUCUUGGCUAUGUUGACAGAAUUGACCGCAGAAUAGAGGACUUCACUGGACUCACCAUGUCCACAGCCGAGCAACUACAGGUUGUGAACUAUGGUAUUGGAGGGCAGUAUGAGCCUCACUACGACUUUGCCAGAGUGGACGAGGAUGCAUUCAGCGACCAUGGAGCUGGGAAUCGCAUCGCCACUGUCCUGUUCUAUAUGUCAGAUGUAGAGUUGGGUGGUGCCACAGUGUUCCCUCUUGUUGGAGCUCGCAUCCAACCUUCUAAAGGAGACGCUGCCUUUUGGUGGAACUUGAAGAAGUCAGGAGAGGGAGACAUGCUCACUAGACAUGCUGGCUGCCCUGUCCUAGUGGGCACCAAAUGGGUGUGCAACAAGUGGAUACAUGAGGGAGGUCAAGAGUUCAGAAGGAGGUGUGGCCUAACACCAAAUGAGGAAUCAUAUGGACACACACUAUAGGAUUAAAAGAACCCGUUACAUUUACUGUCACAUGUACUUUGAAAUCACCUAUUUUGAAUCAAAGCACCUAUAUAGCUAGCAUUACACCUUAUUUGCUGUUCAUUUGCUGUUCAGAUUGUGUUUUGGGCCAGACUCCAACA